CCCAGGCCAGGGCAGAGUCUGAGCAGGCAAGCCUGGUUCUUGCUGCUCCCGGCAUAGAAGCACCAUGCACUCAUUGGCCAGGACACCCGGCAUGACCCGAAGACCUGUGAAGAGUGGUUGCUGUGACUCUCUGAUCCUCAGCUGAAGGGCUGGCAAACACCACCUGCUCCUAACAGCCAUCUGAUGCAGGUCCUGGGAGAGGCCAGAGGAGCCCAGGGCGGAAUCCUUCCAUAUUGACUUUGAUCCUAGCAACGGCAGAUGCUCCUGUUGACGGGAUCCAGGACCCCUCCCUCCCUCUGACCCUCCAAUGUGGCCUGGGCCUGAGAUCAGGCAGCCAAGUUGAAAGCAAGCUAGUGAGUCAGUUUGGAGGCUUCUCCUUGUCCCCUGGAUUCAGCCUGUGUUUAGAGGCAUGCCGGCUGUAGCUCCAGGCCUUCCAUGUGCCAAGACCCAUGAUGACACACAACAACACUGGGGAGGUGGCCAGCUCCAUUCCAAUGGGGGUUUUGGGGCUUUCCCUGGCCCUGGCAAGCCUCAUCGUCAUCGCCAACCUACUCCUGGCCCUAGGCAUCGCCCUGGACCGACACCUGCGCAGCCCACCUGCUGGCUGCUUCUUCCUAAGCCUACUGCUAGCCGGGCUACUCACUGGGCUGGCACUGCCAAUGCUGCCUGGGCUGUGGAGCAGGAGCCAUCGUGGCUACUGGUCCUGCCUUCUUCUCCACUCGGCCCCCAACUUCUCUUUCCUCUCCCUGCUCGCCAAUCUGCUGCUGGUGCAUGGGGAGCGCUACAUGGCUGUGCUGCAGCCUCUCCGGCCCCGUGGCAGUGUGCGGCUAGCCCUGCUCCUCACCUGGGUCAGCCCCCUGCUCUUUGCCAGCCUGCCUGCUCUGGGCUGGAACCACUGGAGCCCUGGUGCCAACUGCAGCUCCCAAGCCGUCUUCCCGGCCCCCUACCUCUACCUUGAAGUCUAUGGGCUUCUGCUGCCUGCAGUGGGGGCAGCUUCCCUUCUCUCUGUCCGAGUGUUGGCCACUGCCCACCACCAACUGCAGGAUAUCCGACGACUGGAGCGGGCCGUGUGCCGUGAUGCGCCCUCCACCCUGGCCAGGGCUCUCACCUGGAGGCAGGCUAGGGCACAGGCGGGAGCCAUGCUGCUCUUUUUGCUGUGUUGGGGGCCCUAUGUUGCCACACUGCUCCUGUCAGUCUUGGCCUAUGAGCGCCGUCCACCACUAGGGCCCGGAACUCUGCUAUCUCUCAUCUCACUGGGCAGCACCAGCGCUGCAGCUGUGCCGGUGGCCAUGGGUCUGGGUGAUCAGCGCUACACGGCCCCCUGGAGGGCAGGUGCCCAAAGGUGGCUACAAGUGCUUCGAGGAAGAGCCAAGAGGGACAGUCCAGGCCCCAGCACUGCCUACCACACCAGCAGCCAAAGCAGCACUGACCUGGACUUGAAUUAAGGAAUGCCUCCCAGGAGCCUUCAUCCAUCUCACAUGCCCACCUCUUUGGAUUAGAGCCCUUUCUCCGUAAGACCUCAUCCAGACCAAAUAAAUCUCUGGACACCUUUG